AUGACAGCAGUAAUGAAGAUCAAAGCUCUGGACAAGUCAGCUGUCCAUCGGAUCUGUUCUGGUCAAGUGAUUUUGGAUCUGGCGACUGCAAUCAAAGAAUUGGUGGAAAAUAGUCUGGAUGCAGGCUCUACUACCAUUGAAAUCAGACUAAAGGACUCGGGAGUCGAGGGAUUUGAAGUAAUUGACAAUGGACAUGGUAUAGAUCCGGAAAAUCAUGAUUCUGUCGCGUUGAAACAUUAUACAUCAAAAAUCAAUGAUUUCGAUGACGUAUCUCAAUUGGGAACUUACGGGUUUCGUGGAGAAGCUCUGAGCUCGUUAUGUUCAAUCGCCACAGUCACGAUUACAACGGCAACUCGCGAGAUGGCUCCUGCUGCGGUAAAACUGGAACUGGAUUCUCAUGGUGCUGUCAAGAAGCGAGAAAGAAUGCCUCGUGAAAAAGGAACAUCCGUAUAUGUAUCCCACCUUUUCGAAUCUCUACCAGUCAGAUAUCGAGAAUUCAAAAAGAACAUCAAACGAGAGUACUCCAAAUGUUUGGAUGUUUUAUAUGGAUAUGCUGUGAUAUCAACUGGAGUCAGAUUGUCUUGUUGGAAUGGAACUGGAAAGGGAGACAAGACAAUGGUUUUCGCAACAAGUGGGAAUACCGAUAUGAAGACUAAUAUCUCGUCCAUUUACGGAAGCAAGAUAUUGCCUUCUUUGAUGUCAUUUCAGUUUGAUAUUGAUCAUCCUGAUACUGAGAGUGAGAUACCAAUUCAUGUACAAGGAUACAUGUCAAAACCUUCCUUUGGAUGUGGUCGAAAUACUUCUGAUCGACAAUUCUUCUUCGUGAAUAAGAGACCCUUUGAUUCCGUCAAGUUCACGAAAGCAUUGAAUGAGGUGUACAGAUCAUACAACAGUAACCAGCUACCCAUUGUGUUUGUUAAUGUGACGUUGAGUCCGGAUACGUAUGAUGUCAAUCUGACUCCUGAUAAACGUACCAUAUUAUUUCAUCAUGAGGAUGCCAUACUUGAAUUAUUCAAGACUAAACUUUCGUCGAUAAUGGAACCUCUGAGAGGCAGCCUACUCAUUCAGCCCAAAUUGUCAAUUGCAAGUAUAUCGCCCAAGGAAGUCUCUGAUGAGGGCGGUAAACGAAAGCGAGACGACGAUGAAGAAGCGGAAGAGCAACAGCAAGAGGAGGAUGAGGAAGAUAUUAACGAGGAAGAAGAAACGACAUCUUCACAAGAUACUACUGCAGGCCUUGAUGAUGAUGAGCAAGAAGUCGAUGAUGCUCUACAACAAUCAUAUAGUAAUGGUGAGGAUAUGGUUAUUGAAAUUGGUGACGACGACGAUGAUGAGGGGGCUACCAUUCCCUCCGCAUCUAGCAAAACCUCGAUACCUAUACCACCUAUUACACCCUCAAGCAGUAUGAAACUCUCUCAAAUCACCAAGGCCUCUUCUAGUAGUCGUAGCAAGAAGAGCUCACCAGUAAAACGAGGGAUGAUGCCAACUCUCCGAAAACCACCACCGUCAAUCAUACCUUCUAGUAAAACCAUCAAUGCAGUCAAAAAGUCGAUCCUGUCGACGCCAUCAUCCUUAUCAAGAAUAGAAAGUGUGAAGAAAACUAGUAUUAGUGUCGUGACACCUGUGACGCAACCAAGGACUGAUGCAGAUGGCACUAGCAUUCAACAAGAUGCAGCCAUCUUGGAAUCAUUAUAUGAGGAUGUCACAAUCUCGUAUACACCAACUGGUAUACGAGAUCGAAUAUCAUCCAAUAUGAGUCGUUUCUAUCGUGAAAAGAUAUUACGUCAACCACCAGCAUCGACAUCGUCUAAAGUAUCAGAGUCUCAACUUCCGCUGAAAAAGUUUGAGACGGGUAUAUCUGCUGAGGAGAAGGAGCAGGCCGAAGAUGAAUUCAACAAGUUUAUAACCAAGGAUGAUUUCAAAAAGAUGGAAAUUUUGGGACAGUUUAAUUUGGGAUUUAUCAUUGCUAGAUUGGAGGAUGAUUUGUUUAUUAUUGAUCAACAUGCUACCGAUGAGAAGUUCAAUUAUGAGGAUUUGAAACGUAAUCUGAGACUUGAAGGACAAAAACUCUUCUUGCCUCAAUCUUUAUCAUUCACUGUGCAACAAGAACUGAUUGUCAUGGAUAAUCUUGAUCUCUUCAAACGCAACGGGUUUGAUAUUGAAGUGGAUGAGGCGGCUCCAUCUAUGCACCGUUUGAAACUGGUGUCAUGUCCAUUUGCUAAGAAUGUAUUGUUGGGAGCAUCUGAUGUUGAAGAACUUGUGCACAAACUGUGUGAAUCCGGUGCUGGACACGAUGCUAUUCGUCCGUCUCGUAUAGAUUCUUUGAUUGCGUCAAAAGCAUGUCGCAAAUCAGUGAUGAUUGGAAUGGCGUUGGAGAGGAGUCGAAUGAUCAAGAUUGUGGCACAUAUGGGAGACAUGGAUCAACCUUGGGUGUUGUCGUCUCCCCGCCGUCGAAUAGAGACUGAUGUCAUGAAACUACUAAUGAGUGACUAUGAAGUGACUUUGGUGAAUGACAAUAUGCAAGAAUUCUAUGUCCGAUUCCAUGGCCCAAAAGACACACCAUUUGCUACUGGAAUAUGGAAGGUGCAUGUUGAAUUGCCUGAUCAGUAUCCAUACAAGUCACCCUCUAUUGGUUUUAUGAACAAGAUCUUUCAUCCCAACAUUGAUGAAUUAUCAGGAUCUGUUUGCUUGGAUGUCAUCAAUCAGACGUGGAGUCCAAUGUUUGACAUGAUCAACAUCUUUGAGGUCUUCCUUCCACAACUCUUAAGGUAUCCCAACCCUACCGACCCUUUGAAUGGUGAAGCUGCUGCCUUGUUGAUGAGGGAACCAACGUCAUAUGAACAGAAAGUUCGAGAUUACGUGGCGAAAUACGCGACCAAGGAAGCAGCUGAUGCAGCAACAGAUGAUAGUGAUUCCGAAGAAGAUAUGAGUUCAGUUGGAUCGUUUUCGGAAGAUGAAGCUCAAGGAAUGGAGCUAUGA